AUGGAGGAAUAUAUUUUAUUAAUUUUUUUUAUGGCAUAUUUACUCAUAUCAGGAAUUAUCGGUACACGCUUAAUAAUAAUAUAUAGUCAUAAAGAAGAAAAUAAUCGGUUGAUUUAUAUUAUAAUUAAAUGUUUUAUUAUAAUUGGUUAUAUAUUAUCUUGGACAAUAAUAUUGUUAGUACCUAUAGACGUUUAUUAUAAUACAUAUAAAGAUAUAGAAAAAUAUAUAGACAUAUUCAAAUUAUUUAGAAUAUGUUAUUGGUUUAGUAUAUUAUACAUUUUUAUGUUAACACCUAUUAUGUUUAUCAUAUAUUCAGAGUCAGACAGAAAAAUUUAUACCUUCAAUAAACAUCAUAUCAAAAUAAAAAAUCAAAAUAAAGGAAAGAAUAAUAAUAACAAAAAUGAUGGUUAUAUUAUUAAUGAUGGUAAAUUUAUUAAUGAUGAUAAUAUUAUUAAUGAUAAUAAUUAUUAUAACAAGAUGACAUACAAAACCAUUUAUAAAAAAAUUAUACCUGUAACACUUUUCUUUUUUUUAUCAUUUAUUUUUUUUCUCUAUUUCACUUUCUUAUAUCUCAAAAAAUUAAGUUUAAGCUUAAAUGCUCAAGAGUGUGAACUAUGGUAUAAUUACAUCAAAGAAAUAUACAAAACAAAUUUGGUCAUAUAUAAUAUAAGAAAAAUAGAACAUUGUGAAAAUAUAAAAAACACAAAUGUUAAAAUAAUCAUUAAUCUAAAAUUCAAUGAUUAUAUUAUUAUAAUCAUCUCAUUUAUUGGAUUUCUUUUUUUUAUAUUCUAUGGUGGUAUCGGAUUAAUAUCAUUACCUCUCAAUUUAAUUAAUUCUUAUAUAUAUAGAAAAAAAAAAAUUAAAAAAGAUGACUUAAAAAAACAACUAGAUAUAAUAAACAGAAAAAGUAAAAUGUUAUUAAAUAUUACAGAGACAUUACAAAAAGAAAGAAAUCAAUUAUUAAAAAUGAAUUAUUUCCGAUCAUUUUUUAAAUAUAUAAAAUAUAAUAGGGAAAAAAAUUUUCUUAAUUAUACAGUGCAUAACUUAGAGAAAGAGUAUGAUAUUUUACUAGACAAUUUUACCAACAAUAAUAAUAUCUUAUUUCCAUACUUAUCACUUUUCUUAGGAAUAAUAUUUUUAAUCAUAAGUACAAUAAUAAUUAUGCAUUUGUUAGUAUACAUUAUAAUCGAUGUAUUAAAAUAUAAUGAUGACAUUAUAAAUAACCUCACCUUUUUAGAUUCACUUUUGGUGUAUCUUGUACAAAUAAGAUUGUCUGUCCUUUCAACAAUAAUUUAUACAUUCAUUAUGUCUUAUUUACUUGUUUGUUCAUUGUCAGGAUUUAUUCAAUUUUGCUCAAAAUUAAGCCUAGGAUUAAUAUUUAUAUUAGAGAAAAGGGGCACAUAUCUCAAUUCUCUUCUUUUGAAUAUAUGUCUUUUUUUUUUCAUUUCUUUAGGAAUAUCAUUAUUCUCAACCAAAAUAUUCUAUACCUAUUCGAGUUUUACAUAUGCUACAUUUUUAUUUGAUUUGACAUUGAAAAAGAUAAGAUUUAUUGGACCAUUAUACUCAAAUAAUACAUUUUUGUAUAUUCUUUUACUAAUUAAUUUUAUAACACUGCUUUUAUUUCUCCUACCUAAGAAAUGUGAUAUUUCUUUUCUUUCUGUCCCAGAAAAAUUUUCAAAAAUAACAGAACAAGAGAUAAUAGAAGACAAUAUAAAAAGUAAUGAUGUGUGUAUAAAUUUUGAUAGGAAAAGUAUAAGAGACAUGAAAUUAUUUAAAUAA